GAGUCCGGCGGUGCUGCGGGGGGAAGCCCGAGCAGCACCGCAUUUGACUGCUUUAAGAGAAGAACAGCGCACACAACCAUCGUCUCAGUUCUCCGUGCCUCAGCCCGGUCUGCAGCGUCUCUCAUCCUCUUGUCACAACGUGCCCUGCCAGCGGACCAAUCGGCGACGACCUUGCGUGGACAGGAAGUGACGCGCGGGGUUCCUGCCUCUGUAAAGUGUACCGUGUCACCACAAAUAUUAUCCACAACAUCUCUGCUCUGUUGGUGCAGGCAGGGUGUAUCAGCCGCCCCGCUCAGACGUGAUGUCUCGGCUGUAAAGCAAAUUAUACAAACUGACAAGAGUGCUCCAGACUUCAUUUGUGAGCAAAUGUGACCAGUUCCCAUUUCCCGACAGUUCCCUCCUGCAAGGUCUCAACACAGACAUCUUUUCUUGUGGGCUCUCCAAAAGCAGAAGACCACCGACCCCCCCUUUAUGUGGCCACUUCACCACCAACAACAUUCACUCAAGGAGCCGCAGACGCAGUCGAUUCUGACCGGGGUUGAAGUAACAGGCUGCAGCUUUGGACAAACCAGGAGAAACUUUCCUCCCUGGCCUGUGCACGGUGAAGUGUGACCGCUGCUGUGUGGGGUUUUUUUGUGUGUGCGCCGCCUCUCACUUUAUUUCUACGUGGGUGAGCAGUGUGUGCUUGUGUUUUGUGGCACCUCCCCGCUCCUCCGUAGAUCUGGUUGCCCCCUUGUACCUUACAGGCUGCACAAUGCGUUUCUUGUGCACCUUCUGGCUGCUAUAGUUAGAGCAGGAUCCCGAGAUUUCUCCCUUCAGCCGAGUCCCUCUUGCCUUGGUUUGGACUCCGGAUUGCGCGUCAUGUCGCGACACCUGAAGCGCACCCCGGUUCCGUUGCAGGACUGCAUGGUUCCUUUGUAACUGGAUCUACUCUAUUUUUUUUUUUAUUUUUUUUUGAAGAGAGAGCGGGGCAUGCUCUCCUCGUCUCUGGGGAACACUUGCAAAGAGGAGAAGAAAGUAGAAAGAGGAGGGUGAGCAGCAGCGACAGACGGAGGGAGAGAUAAUCUUAGAGAGUGUAACUUAGUUGUAGAUGUUUGAUCAGGCCACGACUAUGGGCGAUGGGAACCACCGCUGUGGACCCAACCCGCUGUGUCCGGACCGGAUGGAGACCAAGUGCCGCGCCGAGAUAGGGAGCCGGUCCCCGGUUCAGAGCUCCACCGACACCCCGGGGACAUCAGCGUCUACUCCAACGUCCUCCAGCGAAGACGGACACGACAAACUUCUGGGAGUGGACCCUGACUACUGUCGGAGGAUUUUAGUAAGGGAUGCUAAAGGCACCAUCCGGGAGAUCGUGCUGCCGAAGGGCCUCGACCUGGACCGGCCCAAGCGGACUCGGACCUCCUUCACGGCCGAGCAACUGUACCGGCUCGAGCUCGAGUUCCAGCGGUGCCAGUACGUGGUGGGCCGCGAGCGCACUGAGCUCGCGAGGCAGCUCAACCUGUCCGAAACCCAGGUCAAGGUGUGGUUCCAAAACCGCCGGACCAAACAGAAGAAGGACACCACCAAGGAUUCAGACAAACGCUCCUCGUCCACGAAUGAGUCGUUGGCCACCUGCAACAUCCUGCGCCUCCUGGAGCAGGGCCGCCUCCUGUCGGGCCCUGCCCCGCCGCCUAACUCUCUCCUGGGGCCUCCGCCACAUCCGGCACACAACGGCUCCCUGCUGAGCAGCCCGGGCGGAGGUUCCUCCACCUCUCCGGGCAUCAGCAGCAGCACCCCUCCCAGCUCCCUAUCAGGGGGGACUUUCGGGCUGUCACUGCCCUCGCUGGGUGGCACCCCACCCUCACCGCGGCUGGGAGUCCCACCUCCGCACUCCCUCUGCUUCUCCAUGCCGCUGCUUGGAAGCGCUCAUCAUGAACUGACAUCCACCUACGGCUGCGGUUCUUCCGCUUUUGAGCCGUACAUGCGGCUGGACAGGAAGGAGGCGGAUCUGGGAGGGAAGAAGACAGUUUCUUAAGUAGUCUGUCCCUCUUUUAGGGCACCAGGGGACUGGAACUUGUCUUUGUUAGAGCUUUUCUCCUCAGUUGUUCACCCUGUUGCCUGUUUGGCACUUGAGCGGACAGGGGAAAGAAAGCACCCUGGGCCAUAAGAAAUGUGAAAAAGGAAGAGACCAGGUUACUUUCCCUGCGGCACCAUUUUGUGCCACAGCACUGUGGGGGGACACAAAAUGGUGAAAAGGACGUGAUAUGACGGAGACUCUCCCACAUUAAAAAGAAAAAAAGAAAAAAAAACUUGUGAAUUUUUGCAAAAAAUGCCGUGAGUGUAUGUUGUGUGAACCCUGACAGGUUUUUAUCGCCACUCUCUUUGCAGUGGUUUUAAGUGACUCUUCACUUUCUUUGUCCAGUGUGUUUGUGUGUGUGUGCUUUUCUCUCUAUACAGGCCUUCAUUUACUGUUCAGGAAAAAAAAAAAAAUACUUGACGUGGAUAGUUGAGACGAGAGGUAUUUCAAAGAGAGCAGUUUGUACACAUUUCGGUACAUAUUCCCUUACAAGUGGCCAUGUUUGAUUUUUGUUAAUGUGCUUUCACAAUAUGGAAGAAAUGCUGAAAGAAAAAAAAAAAGGAUCGUAGCAUUUUAAUAUCGGUCUGUUUGGUGUCCAGCGGUAGUUUUUGUAAAUUCUUUAUUUGCUUGUGUUUGUGUAUAAAUUAAUAUGUGGUAGGAUCUGGACAAAAGGUGCAAAAAUCACAUAUCUGGAUCUGACAGAGCAGAAAAGUUGUGUGAGAAAGCUGGUUAGACUCUGCCAAAGCAUUCAUGGAUUAAACUUUGGAGGUGCCACACUCGUGUCCUCCAAUCACUGAAGCAAGUCAAGGUCGAGCAGAGAGGCGACCUUUGAACCCGGAUUAACUGUUCAGUCUUUAAUUCACACACGUUUCCCUUUGAGUAAAUGUCUAAGAGACAGUUGGAGACUCAAAGGAAGACUUCUUAAACACAUCUGGCCCAGUUUUUGCAGAGAACAGAUUUGUGUUGGCCAGAAUUGAAAGAAUUCAAGAGACUUUAAGGCAUCAGCUCAGUCCACAGUGGAGAUUUCUGCUUUGCAUCUUAUUUCUCAGUGUGUAUGGGACGAGAGCUGCUGCAAUCAACUAAAAAAUUCAUCUGCAACAAUUUUGAUAAUUGGUGAAAAUGUUUUUUUGGUUAUAUUUCCAACAUUAACUGUCUGAUCUCACCUUUUUAAACACGAGGCUUAGCCAGCAGAUCAAAUGUGUGUCACCGAGGCCUGAGAAAUCCGGACCUGAUAGUGAAAAUAAUCAUUAGUUGCAGCCCCAGUUUUGACAUAUAUUUGACGGUGAGGCACAACACCUGUAGAAUCUGCUGCUGUUUUCCCCCAGUACUUUCGCUUUUCUUUCUUUUUAAGUCGACCCUUUUAUGGUUUGCAGCAUCCUAACUGUCACAAGCGCUGUGUCCUCAGGUCAUAUCCAUACUUAAGAGAAAACUUACAGUAUUUUUACACAGGAAACUUUUUACGUUGUGCACAAGCUGCAGCAUCACAUGUUAAAAUUAGUUUUUUUUUAAAAUGGUAUUCUUCAAAUUUGUGUUUUUUUGAUUGACUUUUGCUCGUCCUCCCGUUAGACUUUACCUCCACCCGUUUUAAGUGAAAAGAUUUCCUCUGCAUGUCCCUCAUUGUAAAGCACUUUAUGUUUGUAGGUUUUUUCACGUCCUCCUGAAGAACCUCUCGGCUUUAUUAACAGUUGGUUUAUUCUUAGAAAGGCAUUUUUCCAAACUAAAGCCAGAAAAUUCCUCAGUUAUUUCUUUAAGCUACAUUUUUAAUUGAUUUGAAACUAAAUGGGCUUCAGGAUCCAAAAAUAGCCACACAUUUUUCUGUGGCUGUGGAAUGAGAAAACGUGUGUUAAAUUCCCACGGGCCAAGCUGAAAGAGAAAAGAAAAAGGAUUCGCUGUAGUAGUUUUUCUCUGCCCUCAUAGGAUGCCAUUUGUCCAGGUUUCCUUGUCCAAAGAAAAUCAAAACUCACCUCAGAGAAACUGCAAUUUGCAACAGAUUGCCCUCAAUUUGAGCAUGUCAGAUGAGUUAUCGCCCCUAUUCAUAACUUCUGCCUCUCCUCUGUGUGCAGCCUCUCAUUUCCACCUCUUAUUCCCUCGUGUAUCUAUUCAUUUCCAGGUUCUCACAUGGUGAGGUUUAACGCAUUUCCUGAUCUUUUUCUCUCACAUCUUGCUGAAGGUGACUCGACAUCUGUAAAGAAAAAGAUGCCAUGACAUCAAUUUUUUAAAAAAAGCUUCUUACUCGUUAAGGCCAGACUGUGGCUGAAACAGUGGAGCAUGUUUCCAGCUGCAGAUGAAUUUCUCAUGGAGUGCCCCGAGAGGUUUUGACCUCCCCGUCUGUCGGCUCUCCAGGCCUUUUUGCACCCGUGUAGCGCCGCCUGGUAGCAGGUGAUUUGUUGUUGUUGUGUUCAGACCCCAGCGGUGCUGCAAAAAACCACUGUUAUCCACUCACGGCUCUUUGCAGCGGUGCAUCUGUGCUGUUGUUGAACACUGUAUUAUUUUCUAUAAGCACCAUCCAUAAUUCACAUGCUGUGGCAUCAAAUAUUGAGCAGAGAGAUGGAGCUGAGAGGUCAGGAGGCUUGCUUCCCGUGUAAGGUCGUUGUACUUUUUCACAAACCCUGUUUAUUGUUUUUUUUUUUUUUUCCUUGUUUGCUCACAACCAGGUUGUUGCUUUCCUGCUGUGUCAUAAGAAAAACAGUAUCUGUUCACCCCUUUCUUUAGCUGGAAUAUUUACAUUUAUUUCUUGCAGUUUUUCAAGCUGAAAUAUGAACUCUUUUCAGUGACAGGAGUGGAAUAUCAGUCAUAUAUAUAAAUAUACAUAAACAAAAAAAAAAACAAAAAACAACAACUUGGUUUACUGGGUACAAAAGAAAUCUUCUUGUUCUCCAUAUUUCUCUCAACAUCCAGAAUCAGCACUGGCUCCAUAUUUCUGUCACUGUACGGUGGUGUUUCGUAAUGUAAAUCUGCUGUUCCUGCAUCGUAAGCUCAGUCAGACUACUGAAGAGCAGUUACUAGCUUGAGGGAGCUUUGUAAAGCCUUGCAUCAGUUUAACUUUUGAUUUAUUAGUUAUUUUUAUUUUUGGUUCUACACUUUCUCUGCUUUCUUUAGCUUCCUUUUCAGGCUGUUUCUCCUCAUUCCAGAUGAGUGGAAAGUGUGUUUCUGUUGAGUGCAAUCUGUGACAUCUCGAACUUGUUUAGGUUACCACCAUCUCAGAAGCUCUCACUACCGCGUCAUGAUGUUUCUGAUGGGUAAAGUUCCCUUUGAGAUUGUGUGGAAAUGUUCACUUGUUUUUAAAAAAUGAACUGCUUGGUUUACUUUUUCUUUAUGCACAGCCAAGGUCCUGCAAAGGCCCUAACUUCUUUUCUGUAAGCAGUAAAAGUUACUUAAUGUCAAGCUAACGGCACCAGCUACUACUUAUGAUGAACUGUAUGUACAUAUAUAUAAAUUUAUAUAUGAAUAUAUAUACAUGGGUCUUUGCACAAGUUGUCUCCAUGUCCGCUCCAUGUGGUUUUAACAGGAAAAAACAAAAUGCGAAGGAAGAUUCAGAAAAAAAAGACUUUAUAUAUGCUUUACAAUUCUUUGUCUCAUUAACAUUUUGCACUUAUUUAAAGAGGCUUACUUCUGUUUCUGGGCUGACAGAGCUGUUUUCACGCUCGGCCAAGAUAUUGUACAAUAUGUAUAUGUAUUUUUAUUCAUAUGCAUAUAAAUAUAUGUCU